UUUUUUUAUAUAGAUUUGGGGCGAGUGCUGAUUCCCAUCGUUAACUUAUAUAGGCUGCUGAUAUUUUAUUUGUCUGGAGUCCUUAAACUGGCCUAUUAGCUUCAACAGCUGGGGUUUCAUUUAAAAGUAGGAUAGUGUAUCCCCUUUUAAACUUAAUGAUAAGUUCAUACUUUGCAUGAGGGAGAAAAUAAACAUUUCAACUAAGAAAAUAUUUUUCAGGCUGUAAUAUCUACUUAAGGCUGCUGGCUUCCUUCCUCAACUUCCUACAAAACACAUGGUGGAAUUGCUACACUAGUACAAAUAUUUGUGUAAAGAAAAAGUGUGAAUCAGUAUUUAUUAUUAUCUGUGUUUUCAGUGAGGCCCCAAACAUUUAGGUAUGCUCACAAUAUUGGCAACAACAAUUUGUGACAUUACCUGACUGCAUCGCCCAAUAGCAACAAUGGGUGACAAAGUGUAAAUCAGAUAGAAUAAUGUAUCAGUUUAAUAUGAGCACCUGAAGCUGGCAGAGUGCUGCCAAAGUGCAUCAUGCCAAGCUAUUAUUGAUUGUAAACAGCACCUGAGGAGAAUAUGUAUGUUGUUUUGUAAAGUCAUAUAAUGUUGAUCUAGUACUCUCUUAUUUUCCUUGCUGCUUUCAAAAAGAUGGUGAUGACACAUCGGGAGAACUAAGAAAUUAAUGGAAGCUCCUUGCAGCAUGACGGGGAGCAGAGGCCAUUCUUUGUUUUGGGAUGAUAACACCAGUGAUAAGAGUACUUCAGGUGGGACCAAUGACUUAUGGUCGUGCCUGUCAUCUGCAGAGAAUACUGGCAAAAGAACACAUAAAUGGCAACCCUCAGCUUGCUGGUACAUUAAUUCUUGUUGAACAUCCACCAGUGUAUACCAUUGGCAUCCGGAAGAGGGAGGAGUAUGCUCAAGAUCAGUCACGUCUCUGUGCACUGGGUGCAGAAUUCCAUGUAGUGGAUCGUGGAGGCUUGGUUACAUUUCAUGGACCAGGUCAGAUGGUAGCUUAUCCUGUGCUUAAUCUCCGCUUUUGGAAAGGAGGUUUACGAUCGUAUGUGUCUAGGUUGGAGAAUACUGUAAUACACACAAUCAGUAAUGGAUUUGCACUACAAAAUGUUGAAGCGAGGCCUGCGCCGUACACUGGCGUCUGGCUUGGUAAUGCGAAAAUUUGUGCUAUUGGGGUACGAGCAAGUCGUCAAGUUACAACACAUGGACUAGCACUCAAUUGCUGUGUAGAUUUGGAGUGGUUUAAGCACAUUGUACCUUGUGGACUUGAAGGCUGUGAAGUAACCUCAUUAUCUCAACAGUUAAAACGAAAAGUUGAGAUUGAGGAAGUGGUACCUUAUUUCCUUACUGCUUUUGCUACUGUCUUCCAAUGCCAUCUUGCAGAUUAUCCUGCAGCAGAGAAACUGAAACUAUAUGUAGAAAUGUGAAAGAACUGACCAUAUGUUGUGAAACUCGUGCUUUGUAUUUAUAAAAAUAAAUGAGAAACGUGUUGUUCUCCCACCUGCUUGCUGAGGGAGGGGAAUAAUUCUUCAUUGGUCUCCCCUGGGAUGUAAAAUAAGUGAUGGAGAUCUAAUGAAUGAUCUUGUCUGUUAUGUAAUGUGUGAGGUUUUCGCAACAUUUAUUUUCCAUACAGUCAACUGUUUUGUUUUGAUAGAAUACAUAAAGAUUUGUUUUGUAAUCACUUGUGUAUAAAUUGGCUGAAAAUGUAAUUUCCUUGUAUUACCAAGUUUCAAACAUUAAGCAAGAAAUGGGGAACCAAUAUGAGCAUAAUCUGUGAUGAAAUACCUGAAAUAGAAGGAAAGAAUACUACCUGAUUCUUUAGCAACUUACUGAGAUCUGAAGAAAGAUGCACUCAGCAUAUACAAUAACUGUUGAACACAGUGCUAAUGACAGUAAAACAGCUUGCAUUUUUCUA